GUAGUCAUCUGUGUUUUGUUUCAUGUGUGUGAAUCAUAAACCGUAUGCGGCUAUUUAUUUGAUUUUCUCUGAAUAUUCUUUAAUUACUUACUCUAAUUUCUGUUUAACAAGAGCAAGAAGCCUUAAAGAUGGUUCGUGUUGUGACGCAAGAAACCUACGAUGAGAUAGUCAAAGAGAAUAUGGAAGAAUUUGAUAUGACUCCAGAAGAAGCUAUUAGAGAAGCUAUAGCUCAAUUUGAGGCACAGGGUGUAGAUCUGUCAAAUAUUAUAAAAGACGUGGCUCUGGCUGGAGGUGAUCAUCUAGUGUCCACUGCAGUGGAGAAACUACAGCAAAUAUGUCUUGAUGACAGUGAUGAUGCUAUCAUGAAGGAAUUAGACAUAAUGAAGUCAGAGUGUAGCAAAGACAUCGCCCAUAGAGUAAAAGCGGGUAAAGAUGGCGCUUACAAAGUGUUAAUAGAUCUGCUAGACACUAGACACAAGAGAUUAUUAAAAGAUGCUAAUAAAGACAAUGAGAAAGUGAUGUUACAAGUAUUGAACUGCUUAGUGGCUCUAAUGGACAUGCAGCCUGACCUGCUGGACGACCGAGGCAUUGAUCUGAUUAAGAGUAUACUGGACAAUAUGGAAAAUGAAGAUAUUUUAACGGCAACUCUAAAAUGGACAACUAAUUGCUGUGUCAAACAUGAGAUGAACAGACAAAAACUCUUUGCUAAGAAUAUAGGCGAAAGUCUCAAAGGUAUUAUUCUCAGUAGAAAGAACCCUAAGGUACUAAGUGAGUGUCUGCAAGUCAUACGAAAGUUUACUUUAGAUGACGACGUUAGAGUUGAAUUUGGUAAAACACACGAACAUUCCAGAGACUUUGGUAUAUUGUUAUUGGAACCCCUUACAAAUCUAUUGAAAGAGAACACAAAGCCUCCUCUAGUAUCAGAGUUGAUGCUGACAAUGGCCACAUUAUUGGUGCGAAAUGAGCUCUGUAAGAUGGUAGCGGACUGUGGAGUGGAUAUACUCUUCACUGUUCUAGCAGAUAAUUAUGACAAUGUCGCUGUUGCUACACAGGCUAAUAAGCUAAUAACUGCUCUGGCUGGCAACGAUGACGUGAAGAGGGAUCUCGUCAGAAGCGGAAUAGUUCCCGUCAUUAUAUCCAUUCUCACUAGACAUUCUAACAACGCAUCAGCGUCAGCCUACUGCCUCAAGUGCAUAGCGGCGUUGACUCUCCGCGAGCCGGCGCAUAGUCAGCUGUUCCUAGAGAACGGAGUCCCAGAGGCCAUCGUUGAGUGUAUGAAGCAACACCCGGAUAAUGCUACUGUACAGAAAAACGCAUGUUGGGCCAUCCGCAACAUGGUGGCGCGCUGCCGCACCCACAACGCGGUGUUCCACGAGCUGGGAAUACAGGCGUUGCUCAACUCAGCGUACGAUAAGUUCAGUGCGGACUUCGGGUUUGACAUCAAGUCGGCGCUGAGGGACCUGGACUGUGACGUCAAGUUGGACGAGCAGUGGACCGGGAAGGGCGUGCAGAUCCAACAAUAACUCGCUUUAUACAGAGAAAUAAAAAACAAAUUUCUAUAAUUAAAACACAUAAUAACGGGUUCUUGCCGCGUUUAAAUCAGCGAUAUGAGACUCCCGAUAUUUCGACACUGUUGAAAACACCAUGAUCGCAGGAUGACUGAUGAGAUUGGAGUGGAGUAGGUAGAUCCAAAUUUCUAUGAUACACGCCACACUAUAAACAUAUACACAAUCUUAUCGCGUGGGUUGUGAGGUGGAGUACCAAACUCGUCAACCCUGGGUUACACAAUAAAAAGAUAAAAUAAUGAAAAUAACUAAGAAAAAUAUUCAUGACGCGCGCGCUCGUCUAAAACUUUAAUAAAAUUAACGUCCUUGAAGUGUUGGAGAUACCAAUUUAGUGGUAACACUUACAUCAUC